GUUCUCUCUCCAGGUGCCGGCCUUGGCUUGGGGAUCGUGUUUUCAGUCGUUUUCUUCAAAAGGAAGACGUGGCCCAUCGCGUUCUCCUCCGGCAUCGGGUUAGGAAUGGCGUAUUCCAACUGUCAGAACGACUUACAGUCACCGUACCUCCUCCACGGCAAGUUUGUCAAGGUGAGUACUGCGGACACACAAACCGAUUGGCUGAUCUGUGCCGCUCCUAUCGACCAAUCACUGGCCAGAGUUCCUGAUUGGCUGAUCAGUGCCGCUCCUAUCGACCAAUCACUGGCCAGAGUUCCUGAUUGGCUGAUCUGUGCUGCUCCUAUCGACCAAUCACUGGCCAGAGUUCCUGAUUGGCUGAUCAGUGCCGCUCCUAUCGACCAAUCACUGGCCAGAGUUCCUGAUUGGCUGAUCACGCCUCUGUGCCGCUCCUAUCGACCAAUCACUGGCCUGGGAAAAGAGUUCCUGAUUGGCUGA